AUGGACCACAGCAUGCACGGAGGCAUGGGCGGAGACGGCACGUGCAAGCUCUCGAUGCUCUGGAACUGGAACACGAUCGAUUCCUGCUUUCUCUCCGAGAGCUGGCACGUCAAGAGCCAGGGCAGCUUCGCGGCAUCGUGCAUCGGCGUCGUGCUGAUCGUCGUCUGCCUCGAGGCGAUGCGCAGGGUGGGCAAGGAGCUCGACGUCCACCUACUCCGCCAGUUCCAGCGCCACGUCGCCGCCCAGGCCAAGGCGAGGCGCGUAUGCUGCGAUGCCGACGGCAGCGGCGGCGGCGGUGGCGAGCGCACCAUGGUCACGUUCCGUGCCACGUUUCUGCAGCAGCUCGUCCGCGCCUUUCUCUACGCCGUCACGUUUGGACUGGCGUACCUGGUCAUGCUGAUCGCCAUGGCCUUCAACGGAUGGGUCUACCUCUCGAUCGUCAUCGGAGCCGGGCUCGGAAAGCUCCUCUGCGACUGGAUGGUGGUCAGUGUCCCGCUCGAUGUCGCGGGAGGGUGCGGCGGCAGCGCAGACGCAAGCCGUACGGCCGUGGCUGUGGCGGCGGCAUCGGCUCUUCCCCAGGACGGCACCAUGUGCUGCGCUUAG